AUAAUCAAAAUAACAAUGGAAGAAGAAAUAAAGGUGCUAGGAUUUUGGCCAAGCCCAUAUAGUCUGAGAGUGAUAUGGGCACUAAAACUAAAGGGAAUAGAGUAUGAUUACAUAGAAGAAGAUAUUUUUAACAAGAGUCAAUUGCUUCUUCAAUACAACCCAAUUCACAAGACGGUUCCUGUGCUUGUUCAUGGCGGCAAACCCAUUUCUGAGUCUCUGAUCAUCCUUGAGUACAUCGAAGAAACUUGGCCCCAAACUCCUCUCUUGCCCAAGGACCCUUAUCAAAGAGCUUUGGCUCGCUUUUGGACACAAUUUGUAGAUGAAAAGCGUCCCACUUUUAUUUCGUUCUUAACAAGCCCUAGUGGUGGGGAGAAGGGAGAAAAGGCAGCAAAAGAAGUAGCAGAAGUCCUUAAAAUCAUGGAAGAAAGGCUUGGAAAUGACAAGUUCUUUGGGGGAGAGACUAUAAACAUGGUGGACAUAGCACAUGGAUGGCUAGCUUAUUGGUUUGAAUGUAUAGAAAAAGUUGUGGGGCUCAAACUCUUGGACCCCAACACUUUGCCAAGGCUGCAUACUUGGGUUCAAGAUUUCAAGCAACUUCCCAUUAUCAAGGACACCUUUCCUGAUCACAAUAGACUAUUAGUCUAUGUGAAAUCAGUUAGGGAAAGGUUCUUGGUCUCUACCGAGUGAAUAAAACUGUCAUAAUUUCAUAUUUCAACUUUGAUCAUUAUGUAUGUUGUUUCAUUCAGUGUCAUGUUUUGGACCCUAUGUGAUGUAGUACUUUAUUGGUUAUAACAAGUGUUUGAGAAUAAGAAAAUAAAAAGAUUGAAUGUGUGGUUUUAA